UAUAUAAUACUACAUCAAUGAUAAUAAAAUACUGUUUUUAGACAUUUUUUAAAACUUGGGUAUUCUAGUAAAUCUGGCAACACAAUUAACAGCCACUAAAGUAGCCCUUAAUUGUAUAUGAAUUUCAUUUAUUGUUUAGUUUUAUUACUUUCAUUUUAAAGUACUGAAAUAACAAACUAAAUAAACCUAAAAUUAUUACUAUAAUAUUACUACAACUUAUGUAGGCAAAUAAAAAAUUACUCAGAACAAAAUUCUGAAAGCUUUGACUAAAAUAAAAUGAAAAGAUAAAAAUAAAUACCUAAUUCAAAAUAUUAACAAAAACUAUAAUUGUACAUUCGUGAUAAUAGAAAUAACACAGUUUUUCACUUUUUUACACAAUUCUCUAAACUUCACCAAUAACAUGAUUUAUUUUGAAUCUAAUUCUUCAAGGUCAAAUUUGCACAUUCAAAUUGGUUAAAUCAGGGACAUCUAUGGUCCAGAACAGCUUCUCACAGCACAGUGUCCACUUCAUCACUGUGGAAGUCUGACCUCUAGAGGUGACCGACAGCAAAAAAAAAAAAAAAAAAAUCAGCGUGUUUUAGCCAACCUACUUUUAAAUCUAAAGGAGUGUGUUCUAAUAAAGAUGAAUUAAAUAAUAAAAAUAAAACAAUAAAAAAAGAGAAAUGUAAUAACCUAUAUCCUAUGCUAUGGUGCUGGUGAUUUUUUGUUCCUGUUCCCUAUCAAUUGCAAAAGCUUUUAAACCCAACUCAGACAUAUAUAAAAUAUAUUAAGGUACUGGUGUUUAUUUCUGAUCAUCUGCUUAUGCCAUACUGAAACAAGCACUAAACAUUUCCUACACACACACACACACACACACACAAACCAGCAUACAGUCAGAACGUCACCCCUUACUGCAAAUUUGAUUAUGAAAAUGCAUUCAAACCAAGAUGUAAAUCUUAUUUUUGCUUGUUUGGUUCCCACAAACAGAAACGGUUGAAAGAUGGUGACGGUGAAUUUUUUCUGAAGGAUAGGGUGGUAUUUACUGCGAAGCUUUCUACAUUUUUAUGAUCGUUGUUUUUAUUGUCGUGUUCUCUUUUUGUCAUCUAAUGUUUUGAUUGACAUUCCCACCUAAUGAGGAAGAAGGCAUAAUUAGAGAUUAUGGAGAAAUACUCAAAGACUGAAGUACUCCAGCAUAAGGAGAACUGCUCAUCAAGGACUGCGAAAAGAAUUUAAAAAGAAUUGAGUGAACUUCUCAAUUCUCCUUAAUUCUUCCAGUACUGGAGCUGGACUCUGACUCGCCGAAUAAACAUCAUCCUAGUGCCUACAGGGCAGCAGUACUAUGACCCCAGUGCUGCCACAGGGCCCUAACCAGGAUGAAGAUACCACAGAACUGUGGAACAUCCUCUUUAGACGACAACAGCUGCAAAACCGUCUUCAGUUCUUAAAGGAGAUCCAAAAGAAAAACAACAGAAUAGAAGGAUACCUUGCAAAUGAAGAGGGCCCUACAGAACUGGACAGAAUAGAGGAGGAGCUGAAGUUACUGGAGCAAAAAGAGAAGGAUCUCAUUCAGAAAAAGAAACAAUGUUCGACAACACAGACCAUAGACAAAGAUCCAAUCCAAGCUCCGAUCCAAGGGCUUUACAUUCUCCCCGUUUCUCCAGAAACGAUUUCUCCAAUCAUUGCUCUGCAAGAGGAAAACACAGAAUCCAUUGCUCAACUGGAAAACUCAGAGACAAUUUGUCCUACCAUUGUUCAGCAAGAGGACAACACAGAGGCCCCAGUGAGCCUGGAUGAUGUUACCAUGUCCCCUGCCAAAGUAAAAUGCCCUUCUUGCCAGAAGACUGUCAUCACUGAGAUCUACUAUAAACUGGGCAGCAAUGCCUUCCUCUUUUGCUGUCUCUUAUCUGUGGUAGGAUGCCUGGCCGGAUGUUGCCUGGUCCCGUUCUGUAUGAACCGCUUCAAAGACGUCACCCACAGGUGUCCAUCCUGCCACAAAGACAUAUGUUCCGUUAAUAGAAUUUGAAGCAAAGUCAUACAGUUAUUGAUCUGCAGUAAGAUGACUGUGAAAACCUCCAGUAGAGCUCAAAGCUGAGCACAAGGUUUAGGCCUGAAGUUUUGUCUCUGUGUUGGGGAAGUCAGUCUGUAGGCUUUGAGAUGUGGUGAGACUAUAUGUACAAAUAGUCAAUUAUAGUCAAGUUAAGCAAUUAAUAAUUGACUAAGACUAAGAGGAUCUAAUUAUUAUUAACAUUGUGCAAGUGGUCACUAGUCCACCAGUGUAUCUGCCACUUCCAAUAGGUUUUUAGGGUGAUAGAAUCAUAGUCGUGACUAGUGGUUGUAGACCUGAACAAACCAUGUACCAGUGGCUCAUCUCGAGUCAGACAUGACCAAAUCAGUGGUUUAGAUUAGCUCUGACUAGACUGUGAACUUUUGGAUCAGCUGAAUUCACAAAUGAUUCAUUUAGUGUGAAGUGAUUUAAAAGGUUCACUGAAAAGAAUCCAUUCAUCAACUGAACAUCCCUGAACAUCUUGAAGUGGAUCUCUAUUUCUUCAUUUCACUAUUUUUUUAGAUGUAGUGCAGUACAUGUAAGUUUCUCCAAAAUGGAGGAAUAGUACUUACAGUAGGCUAAUUAUAUUAGAUAUAUAAAACUGUAAGUACUAUUUUAUAUAUAUAUAAAGUAUAUAUAUAUAUAUAUAUAUAUCCAUGUAAAUUUUCAUGAUUUUCCUUUAUAAAUCAUUGGUUGUCUGGAUAAGAAUUUCAGUUAAAUAUAUCAUAUAGGAGACAAACAGUGAUAUUUGAGAAGUGAAAUAAAGUUUAUAUGAUUUAUGGAAAGUGUGCAAGAAUUAUUUAAACCAAAUUAGCCGUGUGCAUAAAUUUAUAUAUGACAAAAGAAAAAAUAACUCAAUAUUUUGUGCAUCCUCCUUUUGCAGAAAUAACUGACUCUAAACGCUUUCUAUAGCUUCCAAUUAGCGUCUGGACUCUGGCAGAAGGCAUUUUGGACCAUUUAAGUCAGGUUGGAUGAGCAUGGACAAAUUUUCAAUAAUAUUCAGGUCUGGGGACUGAGAUGGCCAUUCCAGAACGUUGUACUCGUUCCUCUGCAUGAAAGCCCCAGUUGUCUCGUUGAAAUAUCCAGCCCCAACGCAACGUUAACUUUUGUCACCGAUUCCUGGACAUUGUUCUCCAGAAUCUGCUGAUAUUGAGCGGAAUCCGUGCAACCCUCAACUUUAACAAGAUUCCCAGUCCCUGCACAGGCCACACAGCCCCACAGCAUGAUGGAACCGCCACCAAAUUUGACUGUAGGUAGCAAGUGUUUUUCUUGGAACGCUGUGUUGUUUUUCCGCCAUGCAUAACGCCCCUUGUUUUGCCCAAAUAACUCUAUUUUGGUUUCAUCAGUCCACAGCAUUUUAUUCCAAAAUGAAGCUGGCUUGUCCAAAUGUGCUUUAGCAUACCUCAAGUGACACCGUCUGUGGCGUGUGCAGAGAAAAGGCUUUUUCCGCAUUUCGUCCUUACAGCGUCUCCUUGUGUAAAGUGCGCUGAAUAGUUGAACGAUGCACAGUGACACAGUGACAUCUGCAGCAAGACGAUGUUGUAGGUGUUUGGAGCUGGUCUGUGUGCUCACUAACUGUUCCCAACAUCUCUGCUUAUCUGAGAUUUUUCUUGGUCUGCCACUUCGGGCCUUAACUAGAACUGUUCCUCUGGUCUUCCAAUUCCUCACAAUGUUCCUCACAGUUGAAACUGAGAGCUUAAAUCUUCCCCUAAACCAUGAUGUUCAACAAUCAUUGUUUUCAGGUCACCUGAGAGUUGUUUUGAGGGUCCCAUGUUGCCACGCUUUAGAGAAGAUGCAAAGAGGAGAAACACUUACAAUUGGCCUCCUUUAAAUACCUUCUCAUGAUUGGAUUCACCUGUCUAUGGAGGUCAAGGGUCACCGAAAUAAAAUUAAAAGGGUGCCUAAAUUUAUGCACAUGGCUAAUUUUGUUUAAAUAAUUCUUGCACACUUUCCAUAAAUCAUAUCAACUUUAUUUCACUUCUCAAAUAUCACUGUGUUUGAUAUAUUUAACUGAAAUGUCCUAUCCAGACAACCAAUGAUUUAUAAAGGAAAAUCAUGAAAAUUUACAGGGUUGCCCAAACUUUGCCAUACCACUGUAUCUAGUAAAAACAUAAUUACGUAGUCAUGACUAAUGUGGACAUUUGGAUAACAAUCCAAGCCACUGAAACAAAAGAUGUUUAUCAAUGCAACAUAUUGUUUAACAGUAUAAUAAACCAACAACCAAACUGAUAUGACUACGUUUGAGUGACAUUUGUGAUUCUAUGAAUACUAGUUUGCAUUCAUGUAAUAGUCAUGUAAAUGAGCCCGGAGAACUGUUUAUAAAAAGAAUACCGUAUCAAAUGUCACUAUGAAAACAAUGGAUUGUUUUCGUAUAUAUAUAUAUAUAACUUUCUGUUCAAUUACCAUUUGAAAAUAUGUAUAAUAUCAGCAUGUUUCAGCAUGUCUUAUGAUAAAAAUAAACAGACAAGUUUCGCAUGUCAUUCCUCUGCUAUAUUUAAGAGACUCUAAAACAUCCUCUACAACAGUAUUUUCACAAUACAUCAAUUUUCAUUGACACGUGAUGGCAUAUAUAUAUAUAUAAUCGUAUCUUCAAAACUAUUCACAAAAUAGAGCUCAUGGAUGCGCCAAACAUGUAUAAAAAUAUGUAUUACAUCCAUUAAAAUAUAUACACAAUGUGCAAAACAUAUGGCAUACAAAUGAUGAUUGAUCUCCCGCUUUGGAGCGCGUUCAAAGGCGGCAGUAAGUAUCGCCCAGUGUCAUCACCACUUGAUACAUAAUAUACAUCGAUAUUUGAUAAAGAACAUGACAUCUAGAAGAGUCCAGCAGACGAUGUUGGAGCUAGGAAUCAUAAAUCUCUACACAAAGCUUAACACAGGCCGAGCUUUGACGUCCUAGAUGGCAAAAAAGCAAGCCACGAGGUUUUUAGAGCUCAGCCAGUAUAGGUGCCCAUGCAAACAGAUGACCUAAAACUGAAAUUAUGCUCUGAUAUCUGAUUUCCUGCAUAUUCCUGCAAGUUAUUGCUUUUCUCUCCUUAAACGAAUGGGACUUCAAUGGAGAUUCAAUGCUGAAUAAUCCUAAAAAUCCUCAGCCCCCUACAACAGCAUUCAAAAAUGUGGGGCAUUUUUAAAUUGUAAUGCUUUCGAAAAUCUAUUAUUCAUUUGCAUCUGCCCUUUUUGUAUUUUGUACCCGCUCAACAAACUUACAGAAGCAAAAAUCAUUCUAAUAUGCUCAAGAAACAUUAUCAAUAUUGAAAAAGGUUAAUAUUUCUGUGGAAGCCGUGAUAAAAAAAAAUUUCAGCUUACUUUGAUGAAUAGAAAAGAUUCAAAUUGACUCAAAUUCUUUGAAAUAUAAAUGGUUUGUAACAUAUAAAUGUCACUUUAAAUUAAGGUGUCCUUGCUAACCAAAAGUAUCGUUCUUAACCUUACUGACCUCAAACACAUGAACAGUACUGUACGUAUCUAUGUGGCAUAGUACAAUAUUUGGCCUCUUUGGUUAAAAGUUUAAUGCCUCAGAACUCUUAAAACACAAGAGAGAACCUACCAAAGUCAGUGUAUCACAUACUUUCUCCACCACUUGCUCGUCAGAGUAAUGGUUAGGUGUACACAAAAUAUUGCAACAGCAGUCAGUAAUGCCAAAAACUGUCAGACACGUGCAUUUUUCCCUACUAAAUUUGUCCCCAAAGCUACACGAGCAGUAUAAGAUAAUACUAGUUAACUAGCAUUAUUUUUCUUCCCUGGAGAGGCCACAAUUUGGACAGUAUGCAGAGCGAACAGUACAAUGCCUUAAAAAUGAGCCGAUGAGCAAAGUUAAUCGUUCGACAAACACGUAACACUGAAGCACAAAAAACUGAUAAAGGGUUUUCUUUAAUAUAAAAGCUCAUCUGUAAAGGUGCUUUGACGCGGUUUGUGCGGUCGAUCUAACGGUGAUGAGAAGUUCAUCACUGCAGCAGGAAAGUGCUGUACAAAAAAAAUGAAAGUCCCUUUGGGUUUACACAAUCUGAAAGAGACAGUGGACACGUAUUGCCUCGCUGAAAGAAAAGGUGUCACAGAGCAUAUAUAUAUAUAUAUAUAUAUAUAUAUAAAUCCAUGAGGUGGUUGACAACAUUAAAUCAUGUAAGAAAAGCACAGAAAAGGCUAAACAGAAGGAAAGACAACAAGAGGAUGUUUCCGAAAGACAUCACAUCAAUUUGAAUAUUCACAUGCUGCCAAGAUAAUUGCAAGUAUAUAUAACGUUGUUCAUU